GUACCUUCUCAGUAAGGUUUUUCUUUUGGUAUGUAGAUCUUUAUGAAAGUUCCAGAAGUGAAAGUCUGUCUUGCUUCACAGCCAAUAGGUUCUUCGUCUCAAUCUAGGUCCUUCGUGGUGGAGCUGGUGUGUUCUACCAGUACUUGUGUAUAUUUUCUGCGGGUACUCCAAUACAGUAGUGUAGUAGGUAAUGAGGAUCAAAAAUGGGGCAGAGGAAUUUUGUGCACUUAUAAUUACUCCUAUUCACUUGAUCUGAGUGCAUUUCAACCAUAGUCCCACACUUUGUGUUUUCUCCAAAGCCACUCAACAUGACCAACACACCCACUCAGGAGAACCCCGUCCAGGGAUGUUCCCCAGCCAGUGGGCCCUCCCGAUCGAUCCAGCCGAUGUCCGACCCCUCAGUGCCAAAACGAUUGUGCUUCUACAAAAGCGGCGAUCAUACAUUCGGCGGGCACCGCUUGGUCAUCAACGCCCGCACCUUCAAGACCUUUGACGCCCUGCUGGAUGCCCUUUCCAAAAAAGUGCCUCUGCCUUUUGGCGUGCGAACUAUUACUACACCCCGAGGGACCCACCAAGUGAAAGGAUUGGACGAUUUACAGGACGGCGGGUCCUACCUGUGCUCCGACCAGAAGAGAGUAAAGCCGGUGAACUUAGAGGAGGUCAACCGGCGCCAGGUGCCCUGGAACAUGGCCAGAGGCUUCACCGCGGGUCGGCGGAAGCGCCAGGGACUCCAGUUUGGUUCCCUGGGGAGGGGUGACGAUAACAGCGGCAGGCCGGCUAAGGUUCCGGAGCGAGUGGCUGUCAGGACGCCGAGGAGGCUGGUGGUCAUCAAGAACAAGGAUCCCGACAUGAAACGCACAAUUGUGCUGCAGAAAAGGACGGCGCCCACCUUUGACGCUUUACUGGAUUACCUCUCGCAGAUUCUGCAAUUUCCAGUGCUCAAACUCUACUCUAUCGACGGAAGAAGAAUCGGAGGUCUUGCUGCUCUGAUCUUGUGCUCCGGAUUCCUCGUGGCGGCAGGCAAUGAGCCCUUUCGGCUCAGCAACCACGCUUUCCAAAGGACAAGCCAGACCGUCCAGGCAUUGUUCAUGGAAACGGGGCAACCCCUUAAUCAUAACAUUUCUGUCCCAAAAGACAGCCAAAGAUCCAGUGGAAGAUGCUCCAGGAAUUUUUCUCUGUCAUCCGAGCAGUAUAUCAUCAAGCAGAUAAACAAUUCUCGGAAGGGAAGUGCGAACAGUCACGCCCAAACACCCGAAGUGGACCCGGCGUGCUUGAAGACGUGCGGAUCCACCACAGUGGCUCACCAGCGCAACGCUUGCAUCUUACCUCAGGACGACGACAUUGAGAAAUCCUUCCGGGUGAACCAAGAUGGCAGCAUGACCGUGGAGAUGAAAGUGCGUCUUACCAUCAAGGAGGAGGAGAUCCUUCACUGGAGUACCACAGUUAGCCGCUCCAGCCUUAGGAGGAGAAAUGUUUGUGGCUCAGUCACAGAGACAAGCAACAUCUCACCUGACUCAAACUUCUACGUUGCCAAAGGACCUUCUGACUUAUGUGAAGAUGAGGCAAAAGAGGAAAACCAACCUCCAGCUACUGCAGAGGAGGUUGGAUUUCAAAAAGUAGGGGAAGCAAAAAAAAGGUUCAGACGUGCCCCAACUCCAGGCCCUCAUCGUGUAAUGAGGGAAGAGUCUUUUGAGAGUGUGAAGAUGCUGACAGAGUCCGGCGUCCAAGGGAACACCCUGGGCCAUUAUUCAUAUUUGGAGAGGAUGACUGAAGGAGACACAAUGGAGGGAUACUGUAGGAUCAGACAUAGCAGCAGUAGCCAACUUCUCCCAAAGCCUCGGGAAACUCUUCUGGAAGGGAACAACACCUCAUUCCUGAGAUCCUCAGGAGUAGCCGAAGUACUCAAGAUAGAAAAUGAUGGGCUGGAGGUUCGAGAGACCGUGAUGCGUAUUUAUGAGAGUCACAAUUACCUUCCAAAUGCGGAUGCAGAUCCUUCCCCUCCAGUGCCACAAAGCCACCAGUCCACAGCCUCAGGGAUUUGUUCAUCCAGCACUGACAUCGACUUCAGCUUGCAGCAGCCUACUGCUGACUCACUCCAAAGACAGAAAGAGGAGAUGUUGUCAUUGUCAUCGGAGCCAAUGUCUCCAACGCUCCAGGUGACAAACAAACCGUCUUCGGUGUCAAAGAAUGAAGCCAAAAAGAUAGAGACGAAAAAGAGCUCCAAGUCAAGGUUCAUGGAGAGAAAUCGUAAAUCAGCAGAUAACCACGGUGGCAAUGCUAACGCUAGAAAAAAGAGCCUCGCUACCACAGAAAAAGAUAAACGUGGACUAAGCCCAAAGCGAGUUGAAAAAUCGUACACAAAUACUCCAGGUACCCGUGGAAGGGCAUCAGAAACAUUAUUUCCAACCUCAACCAAGGACCAAAACAUGAAUAAAGCAUCUGCUAGGUAUAACGGCCACAAUGUUGAUACCCCAUCUGUCAGGCCUCCUAUGAAGAAGAAUGUGUCAGAUCUUUUAAAGCUCCAAAAGUUGUCAAGAAAAAAGACAAGCGGCAAGUCCAUUCCCACGACUGACAACCGGCUGUUAUCCUCACGUUUGGAUCAACGAAACGUUUCAAAGAUUUCUCUCAAUCGGUCCCACUCUGAAAUCCAACAGUAUGUUGAGAACUGGUUGGAGGAGGUCAUUUCGAAUCCAGUGGUGUACAUGGUAACCUCAGAUGUUCCAGAACCGCCCAAAAAGGUUUUAUUUCAGAUUGGUUGUGAUUCAGAAACGGAGGAAAUGAAGGAAACCCAGACCCAUGCAGAUGAGCAGAAGACUCCUUCUGACACUUUGAGCGCGACGGGUUCGUGUCUCUCGGUCCCCCUCCGGUCCACAGAACAGAAACCGACAGAUGUUGAACCCGCCCACCAGCAGACUUGGUCAAGCAAUGAAUCUCAAAUGGAUAUUUCAAGCCCCAAAGAAAAGCUGAAAUCAGUCUCACGGGAACUUUGCUCGUUAAUUCAAUCAAUGCGAAUUACGUCUGACCAAUCAAGGAGCCGACUUAAUUUUUCAUCUGAGGUGGCUUCAGUAUUUGGCACCUCUUGCACAGCCUUGCUUUCGUUUUUGUCGGUAACGGCUCUGAGAGACGGUCUAAGGGGUGAAAGCACUGAUUCAGAAAAUGCCUCUGAAGCCAUGCUCCUCUUGAAGUUCCUGCAGAACAUUUCUGCCAUUGAAGACCAGGACGAGCAACGGGCGAGUCUGAUUGAUUUGCACAGUGGAGUGUCUCCCAAGUUCAUGAAAGACUGGAUGGAUUUCCAAACUUGUAAGGAAAAGCUGCAGACAGAAUCACUCAUUCCCAAAUUUCAAGAAACCCGAGAUUCCGUUUGGGUCCAGGAUGCAACUGUUGAUCAGCUAAUAAAAGAGCUGCCCUACGACCUCAGGAUGGAGAUUUCAUCAGCGCUUCAGCAGGCUCCUGAAGAAGAGUGCACUGUUGUCGAGCCUAAGAGCGAUUCCUCAGAAUCAGCAGAUGAGAAGGUUUCGCAAGACAGCGACUUAAAACAAUGCUGUGAUCAUUCCUGCAUUCAUGUAAACACAAACGAUAAGAACGAUGGCUCAUCAUGGACUGGAGAGAUGGAAGAUCAACCUGAUCCUAAAAUAGGCCGUGACAGGAGAGAACCAAUAGCAUGGGAGCACCAAGUUAAUGAAGGAAAUAUAAAGGAUGCAGAAGAUCACAUGGAGGAAUCAAAAGAAGCAAUGGAUGAAGGUGAGAUGGAACGGAAAGGUAGUGAGGAGUAUGUAGAGGAGGAGGCAGUAUCUAAAGAUGAUGAUGAAGAUGACAUUGAGGAAAAGAUGGAAGCGGAAGGAACCGAGGUCUUAGACGAGGACCACAAUGAAAAGCUCAAUGGAGACAUACUUGAACCUAUUAUGGAUGAGAAGAAACAGACAGAGAUGUUGGAAGAGGAUGAGGACGAUAGUCAAGAAACUUUUCCAGCGGAAGAAUUUGUACAGACAGUACCACCAGUUGAAAUGGGAAAAAAAGACAGAUUAGGAUGUUCCUUAGAACCAAACCCAUUGGUAGAAGGAACAACAAAAGAAGCAACAGAGGUCUCAAGUGAGGACCCGAACAAUACGGCUCAUGAUAAUAUGGACACACCUGAACCUACUACAGAUGAGGAAGAAGAUGAAAUACAACAGAUGGAGGAUGCAAGGGUAACAACUUCAGAAGAAGAAUCUACAGACAAAGUGGAAAAGCCAAGUUGUACAACAAGGGAAGCAGAAAGUGAAGAUGACUUGGGAUGUUGGCAAGAACCAAACCCAGAGGUAGAAGGUCAAGCAAGUCUCCCUGACAUUGAUGAUGAAGAAGAAGGAAGCAAGGGAAAAAAUGAUGCUGUAGACAUACCUGAAUCUACUUCAGAAAACGUAGAUCCGCAGAAGCAGGAGGAGAAUGAGAAGGAUACUCGAGAAACCAGUCCAGAGGAAACAUUUAUGGACCGAGUAGACGUGCCUGGCCAGACACCCGCUGAAGCACAGAGCGAAGACGACCUGGAGAUAGAGGCUAGCGCAAGUCCCCAUGACGAGGGAAUUGAAGAAAUUGAAGAAGAUGAAAAGGACAAUGAUGAAAUUGAAAGGAUUGUUGAAAGUAUCGUUACCAAUCCAGAACCUACUCUAGAAAAGAAACCAAAAAUUGAGCAGACAGUUGAGCCGGAGGAGAUUGAAGAAGGCAAUUUUCCAAAGGAAGAAUCUGAAGAAGUGAAGUCAAGUGGGACACCAACUGAACAAGCGAGUGAAGAUGACCUUAAAUCCUUUCAAGAACCAAAUCCAGAAGUCCAGGUUUCGGACGAAGAACGAGAAAAUCUAACAGAACAGACAGAGAAACUAGAUGAGGACACGUGUCCUGAGGAAGAAUCCGGAGAGGAAGUGGAGAACACAAACCUUCCAGCCAGUGAGACCUUUUGUACAAGCCCACAGAUGGAAAAAGAUCAUUUCAACAAGGAACAUGGCACUGAAUCAUCACUGGAGCAUGAGCGCUUUGAGGAGAACACAGCUCUUGAAAAUGAGGCAGGGAUCUUUCCUCAGGACCAAAGCAACAAUCUCACCCACCCGGUGGAAAUAUCCCAAGAACUCCUGGACUUUGUUAACUCUGCCCUACAGUCCUCCUCGCUCACAUUUAUGUACGACAAUCACGGCAACAUUAGAAUCGAGCAGGAUCGAACUCAAAUCGGAAAAAUGAAGAAAACACUCAACCCAACGAGCCAAAGACUUUGUAGCUAUGGUUCCAGAUGCCUCCAGAGCCCGAUCACCUCAGAUUUAUCAGACUACAGACCAGAAAGUUUGGAAAGCGGUGGAUAUCAAAGCCCAGACUCUGUAGCCAUCAUUUCGGAGAGUAACGAAGAUGAAGGCUCGAUUAAAAGAGCUAAUCUAGAGUUGACUACCUCCAAGAUAUCCACAAGUCAUUCCGAAGGUGGCAAUUCCUUUUCAGGUGACUCAAAAGGCUCAAGGGCAACUUUGUCUUGUCUCAAAAAGGAGGACAACGACCCAGCCCCGAAGACAGAACAGAAUCCGGGACCCAGCAACGGGGUCUUGAUUGACCAAGGUCGAUGGUUGCUCAAGGAAAACCACCUGAUCAGAAAUUCGCCACCUAUCUCUGAGGGCAUGUACAGAGAUUUGGACAGCACCUCCCAAGACACAAGGAACUCCAGCGAGGAGUCGCAGAACCACCAAAUAAACCAGACCACCCUCCUCGCGGCUAUAUCCUCCUCUGAACUGGAAGAACUUGCCAAGCCUCAACCCCCAAGAUGCAACUACUUCACCAUGCCACACGGAAGCGACUCAGACCCAUUCCUGGACAACGAUAGCGACCAAAGCAAAGAAACAAACUGGGUGAAAGGGAGGGGCUUCAGGGUGGCGCCGGUGGUUGACACCUCCAAAACGUGGGCCAGCAAGAAUGGCAGCCUUUCAUCUUUUGCAUCGGUGGAGUUUAAAAUAGCAGACGGAAAAGUGUAUCCCGAGGGAGGGGAGUCCUCCACCGGGGUAGAAGCACGAGGGAACUCAAGGCAUCAAUCACAAGACUCCACAGAUGCAAUGAGUUUGAGGUGCGGACAAUAUUGCCAAAUUCUAUAACUGGUCACACAAACUUAUUUUUGAAAAUGUAAGAGUUUGAUAUUCGUCUCAAGAAUAGAAAAUAUUCUUUCUUGAAGGAUUUCAUAACAAAACAAGAACCACUUUGAAGAAAUGAAAUGACCUCACAUUAUAUGUUCUUUCAAUUGACUGUCUGCCAAUACAGGAUAUUUUAU